AUGCUCCAAGAAGAAGGGGGAGAAGAAGAAGAGGAGGAAGAGGAAGAGGAAGAGGAAGAGGAAGAGGAAGAGGAAGAGGAAGAGGAAGAGGAAGAGGAAGAGGAAGAGGAAGAGGAAGAGGAAGAGGAAGAGGAAGAGGAAGAGGAAGAGGAAGAGGAAGAGGAAGAGGAAUAG